AUGGCAACAAUCACGCUCGAUCCCAAUUACGGCUAUGUCCUCCUCGCCGCAGCUUCGACAUUCGUCAUGAACGCCAUCCACACAGUCAAUACUGGCAACUACAGGAAGGCAGCGAAGGUACCGUACCCCGCAGCCUAUGCUCCUGACACCCGAACAGAUGACGCAGCUGUCAAAUUCAAUUGCGCCCAGCGAGCACACGCGCAUUUCAUUGAGAACCAAGUCACAGCAUUAGGAAGCUUGAUCCUGGCUGGCCUUCGAUUUCCUCUUACUGCAGCAGUCUUUGGCCUGGGAUGGAGUGUGUCGAGAUAUUUCUACAUGACAGGUUAUUGCAAAGGAGGAACUGGAAAGGGCAGAUACAAUGGCAUUACGUUCUGGUUGUUCCAACUUGGACUUUUAGGUCUCACGGGCUACAACGGACUUGCCAUGAUUCUGGGUUGGUAG